AUGGCUGACAUUCGAUCAACUAAACGCCUUCGGCGCAGCGACGAGCGCUAUGAGCGCAGCGACGAGCGAUAUGAACCAUUCAAGCCGGUGAUAUAUGAAGACGGACGCGACUACGGACCAAUGGUUUAUUUCGACCAGACACAAGCUCGGUGCCUUCGUUCCGAGUCGUCUUUCUCGUGCCACAUCGGUGAUGCAGUUGCUAUGGCGCAGAACUGGCGGCAAUGGCAAAUUCUGGACUAUCUGCGACCUCAAGCAUUCGAUUUCAUUCGAAGCAAGAAAGAUUCGGACAAUCCUCGUCGACUUCUUGAAAUCUACGUCACGGGCCUCGCUUUGUGCAUAGGAGAAACUAUCUAUGAAAGGCGACCCGACGGACGGCUGAGCCCUUGCAACCUGAUGAACGUACGCGUCGCAGGUCCGAACAUGGCAUUCGAAGUUUCAUAUUGGCAUGGGAGUCAGUUGUCAAGGAUGGAAACUGUGUCUCUCCAUCGUCUGGAGUCCAAAUCGGGAGUUUCUCUACAUCUUGGGCGACUGCCAUGGGAAGGAUUGCCCGACGAUUGGCUUCUCAAUUGGGCAAACGUUCAAUAUCAGAGGCAUAUUGAUGAUGGGGCAGUGACUAUCGCCAGACAUAUUGGUACGGAAGAUGGUACUUCUUCACGAGUGCAUCGAAAAGGAUAA